AAUCGUUCCGGGUCGGGUUUAUUCUCAAACUCAAAAAGCCCAAAGACCGGCCCGCCUAUAUAAAGGAGUUUCAGUCCCUUACAGGGGAACAGGAGAGAGAUGAUGAGAGGUGUAGGAGGUCCUCUUCUGUGCAUUGGCGAUCUGCUGAGCGACGUGGGGGAGUCAGAUGCUUCGCCACCACCGCAACAACAUGAGCCCUCGCCGUCGUCUUCGUCUGUUUCCAGCUCCGCUCAGAGCUUGGACCUCACCAAGUUGUUUCAGGAGAACUACGAACAGUUGAAUGAGGCGCUUGGCGGUACCGACCACUCAUGGGCAGCUCUUACUUUGAAGUUAUGCAGUGCUCUGCAAACUGCAAACAAGUUAGUUCAAUCAACAAACUCAAAUGUCAUGUUGUUGUCGGAGAAGGUUGGAGAGCUUGAGGGAGUUGUUAAGAGGGCAGAUUCUGCCAUGGCUGCAGCAAGGGUCGUCCAUGGUUCACUAAACAAAAAGGAAGUACCACUUGAUAGCAAUCAAAACGCCAAAUGAUGUAUGUCUUGUCGAGAACAAGGUCAGUAAAUUCAAUCACGGGAAAAAGUCUGAAAAAUACAAAGUCUUAGAAACUGCAGUGUUUGCUUUAGUGUUAGAAUAUUGUCUUUUCCUGUACUUUUCUUGAUACUGUAAAAGAUAUUAUAUCAAGAUGCAAACUCUAAUUCUGAGUGGCGACGCUAAAUGCCAUGUCAAGAAUUGUAUGCGUGAUUAAAAUAAUAAACCUUUGGUUUUUUUGCUUCA